AUGGUUCUGCGGGGUGUUGCCACGGGAAGGCUGACGGUCGUUCUCGUUGUCGUGGUGGCAUCUUGUCUGGGAUGUGAGGGGAGGGGUUGUCACGACAACGAGCGGAGGGCUUUGCUCGAGAUCAAUAAGGUUUACAACCCCUUGAAUCGCUCGCUCAUGUCAUACUGGGGUGACUCAUUAACAGAACAGGUAAAAGACUGCUGCCACUGGCCUGGUAUAAUUUGCAAUCCCAGCACCGGUCACGUGGUUGAGCUCCAGUUGUUGAUCUUCUACCAUUGGAGAGAUGUUGAGGGAACAUGGCACCCAAACCUCACCAUGUUGGCGGAGUUUGGGCAGCUAGAGAGCUUGAAUCUGCGGGAUAAUCAGAUAGGCGGUGGUAUUCCAGAGGGUGAGUAACUUCCCCCAAUUGUGACAAGCAACUCGUUCAUUUACUUCCGUUAUUCUUAAGAAAAAUAUUUUCGAGAUUUGCCCACAUCAACGCAAGUAUAUAGUUGAAUCAAUCAAUUAGCUCCUUCAAUUAUCUCAUUUGCUCACAUGGAUAAGAAAUUUCUUUGUUUGAUUUCCUUUAUUUGUCUCACAGCUAUUUGCCACUUGAAGCUCCUAAAGACUUUGGAUCUAUCAGACAACAAGUUCGACGGUUCCAUCCCAUCAUGUUUGUGCACCUUAACAUCCCUAAGAGAACUUGAUUUAUCUUCUAACAAUUUGGAAGGUUCCAUCCCAUCAUGUUUGUGCACCUUGAGAUCCCUAAGAGAACUUGAUUUAUCUUCUAACAAUUUGGAAGGUUCCAUCCCAUCAUAUUUGUGCAGCUUGAGAUCCCUAAGAGAACUUGAUUUAUCUUCUAACAAGUUGAAGGGUUCCAUCCCAUCAUGUUUGUGUACCUUGAGAUCUUUGAGAAAACUUGAUCUAUCUAAUAACAGUUUGUUAGGUGACAUUCCUUCCUGUUUCGGCAGCUUUCACUUCUUGACAUCUCUUUAUUUGUCCGGCAACCAAUUCCAAUGGAAUGACUCAUCCUGGCUGUGCAACAUGCAUUCCUUGACAUUUCUCUCUAUAUCUAACGACAUAUCUCCGACUACCAUUCCUUCUUGCAUUGGGAACUUGAAUAGGCUUAAUUUCCUAAGACUUACUGGUGAUUGGUUUAAGGGGAGUAUCCCUUCCUCCAUCUUCAGUAAUCUAACUGACCUAUCCUCUCUUGAAAUCAACAGUAGUAGGUUUGAAGGAACUUUACAAUUUUCAGUGCUCGCCAACCUUUCCAAACUUAGUAAACUUGAUAUCUACUCUUUCGGUGGGUUAGAGAUCAACACAGAGUACCCCAUCUCUUGGGUCCCAUCCUUUCAACUCAUACAUUUAUCCAUUGUUGACUGUGUGGUUAAUAAGCGUAGUGGUGGUCGAUUUCCUUCCUUCCUCAAGACCCAAGGUGGAUUACAACAGUUAACUUUUGAGGGCACCUCAAUCCAGGGGACACUACCUGCUGGCUUCUUUUGCAACACUUCUUUAUCUGUAUUGUCACUAAGCAGAAAUCAUUUUUCUGGCCCAUUUCUUGUCCCUUGCUGUAAUGCAUCUCAAAAUGUUCAGUUCAUUGAUUUAUCCGAUAAUGAUCUAAACAUGUUGCCUGAGAAUAUCGGCCUUUUUUUCCCCACGUUAAUUUCUUUUAGGAUGCCAAGAAACAAGUUGGAAGGACACAUUCCUGCAUCCUUGGGGCAUACACUCUUGUCUUGGCUAGAUCUGAGUGACAACAUUUUAUCAGGAAAAUUACCACCCACUUUGAUGAGAAAUCAGAGCAGAUUGUUUUAUUUAGACGUAUCUUCUAAUCACCUUGAAGGAGAGAUGUUCCCCAUUGACGCUGAGAUGCCAUCUUUAGAUUCUUUGAUCGUGCACAACAAUAAUUUCACAGGUUUACUUCUUCCAAGGUUGGCCAAAUGUUCUGGUCUAAGAAUAAUUGAUGCUGGAUAUAAUAGCCUUACAUACAAUUUCUCUCAAACUCUACCUUAUUUCCCCAAUAUAGUGGUACUUUCCUUGAGAAUGAAUCAUAUUCACGGCUACUUACCCAAACAGUUAUGUGAAAUGCAGCAUCUACGUCUCCUUGAUCUUUCUGGAAAUAACUUAUCAGGAAAAAUUUUACCUUGUCUUCACAAUAUUUCAUCUUGGAGGUCAAAAAUUCUAGACUGGGACGCAUCUGCAUCCUACUCAUCAGUUACUUAUUACUUUGGAUGGAAAUAUGCAAUACAAUCAGAUUCAAGCCUAUCGUUAAAGUCAAAAAAUUCGAUCCGUCAGUACAACGGUGAGCCUCUACAAUGGAUGACUCACCUCGAUUUAUCAAUGAAUAUGAUUAGCGGCAUCAUUCCUCAAGAAAUUGGAGAGCUGCAGGGACUUCAGUCAUUGGACUUAUCCAAGAACCACAUCCAAGGUUCUUUACCAAAGUCAAUGGCAGACAUGGAUAAUCUGGAAAGUUUAGACCUCUCACAUAAUGGUUUCAGUGGUUCCAUUCCCAAUGAAAUGGCACAACUCACCUUCCUUGAAACAUUUAGCGUUGCCUUCAACAACAUGACCGGUAUGAUCCCGAAUGGUAUACAAUUUAGAAGUUUUAAUGAGAGCAGUUUUGAAGGUAAUCCAGGAUUAUGCGGACUGCCACUUCAGAAAGAAUGCUCCUCUGACAAUGAGAGAACGAAAGGGAUAACAACAACAGGUGAUGGAGGAAGGUCAAAAGAUUACAAGAAUGCUUUAUUCUUUGUAAUUGUUACGACAUCAUUUACUCUGGGUUUUUGGGGGUUUCUUGUUAGUUUGUUUUUCAAUAAAAGUUGGAGGGUGAAAUAUUUCAAGUUCAUCGAUCAAUUAUUGUAA